AUAACCCAUCAUCUGCGACAAUGGCACUGAAGCCCGUAAGCGUAAACGAAGAGGCGAAGAAAGUGUUGGAAGAGGAGCUGCCGAAGAAGGCGCGCCACCCGCACACCAUCCGCUACAUAGAAAAGAAGAUGGUCGACAAAGGCUUUCACCGAAUGGAACGCCAUCCCGGGGACGGCAUCAGCCUGGCCCGCAGCCCGCCCAAAUCAGGCCACGGCGGCCCGUUCACUUGGGAAGGUCCCGAUAGCGAGCUCGAGGCCGAUCCUGAUCCGGCGGCCUUGGAUGAGGCCGAUCCCGAUUAUGUUGAAGAAGAGGAGGAGAAAGAGAUGGUCGUUGGGGAAUUGGAGGUGGCUAAGGUGGCUGAGGCCAGAGAAGGGGUUUCCAGAAUUGAGAUUCGAACGCCUGAUCAGGUUUAGGGUUUCCGCUGGCGUCUUCUUCUUCUUCUUCUUAAGUGAUGUGGGCGUUUUAACAUAGUUACAGAGGCUUACUUUGAAGGGAAAUGGUUGUUUUUGUUUGCAGGAGAAAUUCUUCACAUGGAUUACUCUCUGUGUGAGGAAAUCAUGCCAUGUUAAUAGUUUGCUGUAAUUUUAAUGCAUAAAAUUACCAGUUUUUAUUAUCAUUAA